AUGGCACCAACUCUCCAGCUCUCCCGCGCCACCGAGGCAGACAUCGAUGCGUUCCUCGACCCAAUAUAUGCCGCGUUCGAGGGCAACGACAUCCGCACCAUGUUCUUCGGCCACGACAAUCCAGCCCACCGAGCAAGCACUAAAACCCGUAUCGCGGAAUGGAUGCGUGAGGGAAACCACAAUGUCUGGCUCAAGGUCGAGGAGAAAGAGACGGGCCGGAUCGUGGGUGGGAGUUGGUGGAUGGUCAGUCCCAUUUUGUGGUCCUUCCCUGAAUAUAUACACCUCCUUUCCCGUUCACAAGAGCACACCGAGAAGCCGAAAACGAUAUCAAACCCCAUCCCAAAAGAACGCCACGCACAUACAAAAACAAAAACAGAAGCAAGAAAGAAACAAACGAACCACACAACCCACCCACCCACCCACCGAACCAGCUUUGCUAACCGCAGCGGCCAACCACCCAAACAGAUAUACCCCCACUGGACCCCCAACCCGGCCCUCACCCCCUCCGCCGCCGCCGCGUCCGUCACCCUCCCCUUCCUCUCCUCAUCCGGCCCCACGGACCGCGCCAUGGGCGAAGCCCUCAUGUCCUCCUUCCUCGCCCGGCGCGCGCGCCACAUGUACGGCGAGCCGCACGUCCUCCUCGCCCUCCUCUUCACCCACCCCGCCCACCAGCGCCGCGGGGCGGGCUCGCUGCAGAUGCGCUGGGGCGCGGCGCUGGCAGACGGGCUGCUCGUGCCGCUGUGGGUGGAGGCGACGGCGGCGGGGCGGCGGCUGUACGAGCGGCACGGGGCUGGGGGCGUCGAGGAGGUGCGGGAUGAGGCGCGGGCGGCGGGUGAUGUGACGGGUGAUGCGGUGGUGGCGUCGGAUGGGAGGGGGGUUUGGGUGUGUGAGUAUACGAUGAUGAGGAGGGAGCCGGGGUCGAGGGUUGUGGUGGCGAGGGAGGGAGGGGGGAUUUGA